AUGUGGCAAGCUGCCCUGCAGGACCCUCAAGAGCGCUCUGCCUUCCAGGACCUCCUCGAGGGCUACUUUCGCCGACCGUUCCCCACUUCGCCGCCCACCUCCCGCCGCUCCGAGCCCGCACCACCCCCAGCACUCGCCGCAAGAGCGCCGCCGCCCUCUUCGUCGUACAGCGCAACCGCACCCCGUCAAGCACCGGCAAGCCCCUCGAGCGGGCCGCGACAGCCGGCCGGUCUCGUCCAGACGCAGAGCGAGGAUCCAAUGACCCGCGUCACCUCGUCGCCGCACUACCAGGCCUACAAGCUGUCUCAGGCCAAGACGCCGACCGAGGCGGCUCGCACAGUCGCCGGCUUCGACGCCUCGACCAAGCGCGCUUUCGCCAAGGCCGUCCUGUCGUCCAAGGGUCCGCUCAACAGCGAGGAGCAGCGCAAGAAGAAGGAGAACGGGCCGGGUCCGCUCGCCGUCGCCGUCCCGCGCACCUAUGCCGGCCCGCCGCCUCCGCGACGAGCGGGCGCCGGCGCCGAGACGGGCACACCUGCGGCGGCUGCAGAAGAGCGCGUGCGGGCGCUGUACGACUAUGCUGGGACGAGCGCCGAGGACCUGUCGGUGCGAGAGGGCGACGAGCUGGUCGUCGUCGAGCGAGUCGACGCCGACUGGACCCGGUGCAGGAGCGCAAACGGCUCUGUCGGGCUCGUGCCGGCUUCAUAUGUUCAGGACAUUUGAUGUAGCCCUUUGUGUGAGCGCAAUCAAGCUUGUUGUCGUGCCGCC